AUGGCCGACGUACUCCCGGCGCCCGCUGCUGGCGGCGCACACUCUCAGGUGCCCAUGACAGACAAGAAAUACGUCUACUUCCACUCCGGAGCCGAGGCGACUUACAGAGAGGUCUCGGACAACCCGUCGUCUUUCACCAGCAUCCCCACCAUCGACCUCGCAGACCUCGACAGUGGCUCCCUCGAGGACCGCAAGCGCAUCGCAAAGGAGAUUUACGAUGCCUGCCAUCUCUGCGGGUUCUUCUACAUCAAGAACCAUGGCAUCCCCCAGAGCGUGGCUGACGACGCCUUCGCCCUCCUCAAGCGCUUCUUCGCCCUGGACACCGAGACCAAGAUGAGCGCCCAUGUACAAAAGAACCCUGCAAUCCGUGGCUAUGAGCCCAUGAUGGAAACACAACUGGACGCCAGAACUGCCGGAGACGUCAAGGAGGCCUUCACCAUGGGCGACUGCGUCCUCGAGCCGGAGCAGGACUACGUCGGCAAGACCAGCCAGCAGCCCCCGGCCAAGUUCAAGCGGCCCCAGAACAUCUGGCCAAAGGACGUCCCCUGGUGGCGCGAGGGCAUCUACAAGUACUACAACAGCGUGUACCCGCUGGCCAUGAAGCUCGUCCGCGUCUUCGCCCUGGGGUUUGGCCUAGAGGAGACCGCCUUUGACAAGGACUUCCGCUUCCCCAUCACGGGCAUGCGGCCUCUGCACUAUCCGCCAACGCCGGUGGACAAGGACGAAGCGAGCGUCGGACUUGGCGCACAUGCAGACUUUAGCUGGCUCACCCUCGUCCUCCAAGAAGAAGGUGUCCCGGCCCUCGAGGUUCUAAACCAGGACGGCAUCUGGGUCGGCGCCCCGCCCGAGCGCGGCACCUUUGUCUGCAACGUCGGGCAGUACCUCGAGCGCCAGUCCAACGGCCGCUUCCCCGCCACGGUCCACCGCGUCCGCAACAUGACGGGCAAGGAGCGCUACUCGCUGCCCUUCUUCCUGACCCCGGACCCGGACGUCAACCUCGGCGUCCUCGACUGCUGCCGCGACCAGCAGGACGGGUCGGCCGAGGGCGGCAGUGGCGAGGACAACAAGGCAAAGUACGAGCCCAUCAAUGUCGGAGAUCUGUACAUCAGGCGCAUCCUGCCCGCCCGGAAGAAGCACCCAACCAGCAUCAGGAACAUCAAUGUGCCCCAAGAACAGUGGAGCUAUGAUAUGUUGUUGCAGUAG